CUCUUGCACACUGAAUGCAAAAUGAACAUCCAUAUUUCACAUAAUCCACAAAAUAAAUCUGAGUUUUUUAAUAUAAUGACAAAUGUUUAUCUCAUACUUGACUAUCUAUGGGCAGACUAAACGAUUCUCCUGAGUCAAUAUAAUGACCACACCUUUUAAUUGUUUUCUCCAUACGUCAGUGUUUAGGUGAGUUGUUAACUGGAAAUGAUAUCACAAUGUUACAGACGCGCUGGCAGGUGACAACGUUGCGAGGGUGACACGUUGUCAAAGACCAGCAACAAUGAUAUCUUGCAGAAACAUCCGGAUGCCCUGCCUUGGUUUAGUGGCUUUCAUCAGUGUGAUGGCCCUCUAUUACCAUUGGGACAUGCCAACAGCGAGGGAGAGGGAGCAGGAGCUGAGGAAGACGAUUCUGAGAGACAUGUGCAAAGAAGAAAAGGAGACCUUUUUCAACGAGAAAGACAAACAUAUUAACAGAAUUCUGCGUAACCUCCUUGUGGAUGACAAACAAGGCAUCAUUUACUGCUUUAUACCAAAGGUGGCGUGUGGUAAUUGGAAGAGGUUCAUGCAGGUACUGAAACACGGUGAACCUUACCCUGAUCCCAAGGACAUACCUGCCAAAGUGGCCCACGAUCCAAAGGGUCUGGCCAGUCUUGCCAGCUUUCCAGAAGUGGAGAGGAAGGCCAAGUUGAAGCAGUACACCAAGUUCAUGUUUGUCCGCGAUCCCUUUGUGCGCCUCAUCUCAGCCUUCCGGGACAAGUUCCUAAAGAUCAAUCCGUACUUUUAUCAAUAUUACGGCCGAGCCAUUCUGCAGCGCUACGGAAACCAGUCCAACCCCCCGUUGAAAGUGACGGAGGCGUUUGCGUUAGGCAUCCGCCCUUCCUUCUAUAGCUUUGUCCAGUACCUGCUGGACACGAAGAAAAACAAGCGUGGAUUUAACCCCCACUGGAAUGAAUUUCACCGCCUGUGUCAACCCUGCUUCAUCGAGUAUGACUUUAUCGGCCAUCAGGAGACGCUUACAGAGGAUGCAUUGCAGCUGAUAACGACCUUGAACCUGGAGGAACAUAUCAAAUUUCCAUCGGCUUACGAAAACAUGACGAACCCUUCAUCAGUGUCUGACUGGUUUAAGGAAGUACCACUGGAGGACAGGAGGAAGCUCUACGAGAUCUACGAGAGGGACUAUGAGCUGUUUGGCUACGAAACGCCUCACAGUUUACUCAACAACACACUCUAGAGGAGGAGCUUUACUUUGGGCCACUUGUUCAUUUUGGUGGAUGUUCAACAUGGAGCACAACACCCCCAACAAGACUUCAUUUGGUUCAUACUUUUAUUUUUUUUUUUUAACUCUUGUGUCGUUUUGGAUUGGGUUUGCACUGAAAAAUGAAGGAUGUUUAAUGUGAACUAAGUGAGAUAUUAUUGCUAAAUUUGCAUUUUGGCAUACUGCCUUUCUUAAAUUUAACUUUUCUUCAGGUUUGGAAAUAUAUGAUUUAUUUGAAAAAAAAAAACUAAACAAAAACAUAAAAGUAACAAGAAUGGGUAGUGGUUGGAUUUUACUUGAGGAACCCCUCACACUUAAAGAAAGGUUAUUGCUCAUCCAUUCAUUGAUACUGCAGUUAAAGGGGACCUAUUAUGCUCAUUUUCGUCCCUUUUAUUGAGUUGUGGACUCAUAUAGAGCAGCUACAUACAAUAACCCACACAAAAAACCUUUCCAGAUCUUCCAGAAUGUCCACCAAUUUUUAGUAUUUUUGUGGCUUUCCAAAACGGUUUUGUUUUAAUUUAAUACACCCACGACCCGCAGUUGGUACAUGAGUACAUGAUAAUAAAGUAAUAAAUCCUUUGGAGAGUUUCCUGAAAAAUGGUUAGAAGUAGCGAUGAUAAUCGAGUAUCCGUUACAGGUAAGAAACUUUUGUCGUAAACGACUACAUCUCACUAUUAUCCACAUAAUAGUUUUAAAAACGACGGUUGAAAACAGUGCAGAAUUUGUCCUAAACACUGUAAUAAACCCUGCUCCUAUAGAGCAGCUAUAACCCACACAGGAAAAUUUCUAGAUCUUCCAGAAUCACCACCUCCUGCUGUUCCAAAACAUUCAUUCAUUCAUUCAUUUUCUACCACUUUUCCUCACGAGGGUCGCGGGGGUGCUGGAGCCUAUCCCAGCUGUCUUCGGGCGAGAGGCGGGGUACACCCUGGACUGGUCGCCAGCCAAUCACAGGGCACAUAUAGACAAACAACCAUUCACACUCACAUUCAUACCUAUGGACAAUUUGGAGUCGCCAAUUAACCUAGCAUGUUUUUGGAAUGUGGGAGGAAACCACUCCACACAGAGAUGGCCGAGGGUGGAAUUGAACCCUGGUCUCCUAGCUGUGAGGUCUGCGCGCUAACCACACGACCGCCUUGUCGCCCUGUUCCAAAACAGUCAGUUUGAAUUUGUUCCACCUAUGGCUCGCCUACAAGCACACCCACUACAAUGUGAUUGGUUACUCCCAAGUACUUCCGGACUACUGCCAAACCCCACUUUCUAAUAUCGCGGGUAUAGGAGUUGAUAAUCAGUGAAUGAAGCCUUUGGAGAGCGAAUUGAAAAGUUUUUAGGAGCUUCUGGUAGCUCAUGAGCUACUGGUUGGAGACCCCUGAAUUAUUCAUCUGAACGCAAAGAGUGGUAACAUAUUGUAGGUCCGCCUUCCGUCUUUACUAAGUGCAGGCAUAAUGUGUUUGUGAUUCUUCGAAACAUAAAAAAAUCCUUGACUAUUUUUUGUAAUCGAGAUAUUCAAAUUAUUGUUAAUAAUAAUCGUUGCAGCCUGAAAGUUUUGUGCUGGUUAUUGUGUGUAGCUACUCUAUAGGAGUCCACAACUCAAUACAAAGGCCCGAACAAUGAGCAUAAUAGGUCCCUUAUAAAUAUAGUGACCAUCUUGUGAAACGUAUGAGGUGUGUUAUGAAGCGAACGUAUGGUCGCUACAGAUGGCAACUUCACAUCCUCAGUCAGGCAUUGUGGUGUAGCUUAGCUUUCCUCUGAUCAACCAAUCAGGACCGGCCUCUUUCUUAUGCUGCACCAUUCAGAAGUAGUAGGGGCCUAAACGAUGGCCCUGAUAGGCAAAAAGUGUGUGUGGAUGUAUGGGAAAAAGUUCAAAAGGGAUUUUUAAAAAAUAUAUAUUUUAAACUUGUAUUGAUACAUGUUCGUAUAUUUUUUAUUACAUUAUGAUGACUUUAUGAUGGCGCAUUUUCAAUUUGAUCAUACUAAAAUGAAAAUGUGUGACUGAUAAAACUGCUUUCCUGAAUGAUUGGUAAUUCCAAGGAUGUUUUUGUAAGUGCCUCCAGCAUCAACUGGGUGAGGUUGAAUACGCCAAACCCGUUCUUCCACUGUGCACUAAUUGCUGUCACAAAGCCCAAGUACACGUCCAACUCUUGCACACUGAAUGCAAAAUGAACAUCCAUAUUUCACAUAUUCCACAUAAUAAAUCUGAGGUUUUUUUUAAUAUAAUGACAAAUGUUUAUCUCAUACUUGACUAUCUAUGGGUUGUCGUCCCUUGACAGUUUCACCGAAAGGCAGAUUAAACGAUUCUCCUGAGAAUAUAAUGACCACACCUUUUAAUUGUUUUCUCCAUACGUCAGUGUUUAGGUGAGUUGUUAACUGGAAAUGAUAUCACAAUGUUAGAGACGCGCUGGCAGGUGACAACGUUGCGAGGUGAGUGCCGCAAAUCUUACAUUAAAAAUAUUAGUGCUAUGUUGGUUUUACUCAUUCUUUUUUCCCCUGGUAGGGUGACACGUUGUCAAAGACCAGCAACAAUGAUAUCUUGCAGAAACAUCCGGAUGCCCUGCUUUGGUUUAGUGGCUUUCAUCAGUGUGAUGGCCCUCUAUUACCAUUGGGACAUGCCAACAGGUACAAUUCUAAAACGUUUCUUUUCCUGUAGAGCAAGGUGGUCUUGACUUUUCCAUUCUGUUGCUGGGAUUCACGUGACAUCACAUCCAGUCGUUAUGAGCUCCACUUCAAAAAGAUGGGGGGCAAAUAAGCAGAUUUCUAACUCAAAGUCAUGUAAAAUGAGAGCAUAAAUCCAGCAUAUAUACAUGCACUGUUGUUGCAUGUGGAAAUCAGUCAAAUGUAUCUAUCCAUCUAUUUU